AUGGCGUUGAAUAUCGACGCCUGGACUUGCUGCUGCCUUUCUAGCAUUCCAACUGGGUCCGUCGGUGUGCGUCAGUUUCUCGGAGAAUACCAGGGCUGGCAGGAGCCGGGUCUCAGCUGCAUCUGUUUCCCAUGCGCGACCGUCCAGUCUGUCUCGCUGGCCGUGAACCAACUCACCUGCAAGUCGGAGUGCAAGACGAAGGACAAUGUCACGGUCCUGGUGGUGACUGCCGUGCAGUACCGAAUCCUCAAAGACAUGGUGAAGGUGGCAACAUUCGACAUCGCCAGCCCGCUCGAUCAGAUCAGAGCCGAAGUGGACAACGUCUUGAGGUCCACCAUGCCCAUCAUGACCCUCGACGAGAGCUACGAAGCCAAGGAGAGGAUGGUGGGAGGCAUGUUGGUGUCCGUAAGGAAAGCCAUGGGCCAAUACGGCUAUGACAUCCUUAACGUCCUUAUCACUGAUAUCCGUCCCGAAAAGUCUGUCCUCGACGCCAUGAACGAAAUCAAUGCCUCCAGAAGACGGCGUGAGGCCGCGUUUGAGAAGGGCGAGGCCGAGAAGCUCUUGAGGAUCGAGGCCUCAGAAGCUGAUGCCGAAGCCAAGCGCCUGGCCGGCGUGGGCAUGGCCAACAUGCGUGCAGCCAUGGCGCGGGGGUUCCAAGACUCCAUGAAGUUCAUGAAGGACAGUGGCAUGAGCGAGAAAGAGGCGGUGCAGAUGAUGAUCAUGACCCAGUAUCUGGACACCUUGAGGGAGUUCGCUGGCAGCCAUGGCUCCAUCGUGGUCCCUUAUUGCGGUGGCCCUUUCAAAUCAUCGCAGAAGCCCCAAUCAUCCCAACAGCCCAAACCACAAACCCCACGCCCGCCCAAAAAGAAGAAACGAAAGAAAAAGAAGUCCACUGUCCCAGCCGGUGCCUCCUCAGACUCGGCAAACUAUGCGAUCUCAGAUCCAGCUGCAG